GUGCUGGUUGGGUCAAACUUGGCUACAGCAGAAAAAAAUAAUUUUUGAAUAAAAACAAAAACGUCUUUAUUACGUGGCGGAACCUGAUAGGAUGGCAUAUGUUAGAUCAUAAAGAGCCAAGGCUAUUAGUAAAGAGAAAAAGACUUGGAAAAAGUUGAAGAAAAUGUAAAUGAAUCUACGGAGAAGACUUGAGAAAAGUUCUUUCUUGAUCAUCUACUUAUUUUUCAUUUUCUGUUUCUCUUCUUUCUUUUUUCUUGUUUUUCUUUUCUUUUCUUUUCUUUCUUGAUCAGAUUCUCUCUCUCGACGGGAAGCCGAUCUCCGGUCUGCUUUUUUCUCGACGCCGAUCAAUACCUUCUUCUCUCUCUCUCCGCAAAGCACCCAACCCAAUCUGCAUCCUUCUCUCUCGACUCAGCACGAAGCACCAGCCUUCAUCUUCGGUAGCGGCAAGUUCACAAUGGCAGAUUCAAUCCUCUUUGGGAUUGCACAGAAGAUCAUUGAAAACAUAGCUUCUGCAGCUGUGCAAGAGAUUGGAUCCAUCGGGGGUGUAACUAAGGAGCUUUCAGGACUUGAAGAAACCAUUUCAACAAUCAAAGAUGUACUUCUUGAUGCUGAGGAGAAGAAGAACCAUAACCACCAGGUGAGCAGCUGGCUCAAGAAGCUUGAAGGUGUAGUUUACGAGGCUGAUGACUUGAUGGAUGAUUUCUCCACUGAAGCUUCGCGGCUACAACUAAUGAGUGGAAGUAAUAUGAGCAAGAAGGUGCGCACUUUCUUCUCAUCCUCCAACCAACUUGUGUUUCGUCGCACCAUGGCUCACAAAAUAAAAGACAUCAAUAAUAGGCUAGCUGGGAUUAGUAAGAAUCACAAGAACUUCCAUUUGGAGGUGCACCACGAGGAGUCUAGAGUUGUCCUUAGAGAGAGGGAGCAAACUCACUCUUACAUACCUGAAAAAGAAGUUAUUGGGAGGGAGAGUGAUAGAAAGGCCAUCCUAGACCUUUUGUUAGAUCCCAAUGUUGAAGAGGAUGUGUCAGUUUUGCCAAUAGUGGGUUUGGGAGGUUUAGGGAAAACCACACUUGCUCAAUUCGUGUUUAACCAUGAGAAGGUUCAAACAAAUUUUGAUUUAAAAUUGUGGGUGUGUGUCUCUGAAAAUUUUGAGGUGAAAUCACUUGUUAAGAGAAUUUUAAAUUCUGCAACUAAGAAGAGUACAGAGACGAAGCUGAUGGAUCAAUUGCAAAGAGAACUUCGAGAUACGAUAAAUGGAAAGCGUUAUUUCCUUGUACUCGAUGACGUAUGGAAUGAGGAUAGAGAAAAAUGGCUAAAGUUGGAAAACUUAUUGUCAAAUGGUGCAAAAGGGAGUAGAAUAUUGAUAACCACUCGUAGUCAGGUGGUAGGAAACAUUACUACUAGCUCAAUAAAACCGUACGCAUUAGGGAUUUUAAAUAAAGAUGAGUCAUGGUCUUUAUUUAAAAAUGUGGCUUUUAAGCUUAGGCAUGAGCCAAACAACCCCAACACUAAGAAAAUUGCAAUGGAAAUUGUGGACAAGUGUGGAGGUAUUCCUCUUGCCAUUAGGACAAUUGGAAGCAUGCUCUAUUCCAAACCAGAAGCACAGUGGUCCUCUUUCCUGGAAAUGGAAUUUUCAAGGAUGCCUCAAAAUGAAAAUGAUAUUUUACCCACUCUCAAACUUAGUUAUGAUAACCUUCCAUCACAUAUGAAACACUGUUUUGCUUAUUGUAGUUUAUUUCCAAAAGAUUAUGAAAUUGAAGUUGAUAUGUUAAUAAAACUGUGGCUGGCACAAGGAUUUAUUAAGUCAUCAAGUUCAGGUCAAUCUUUGGAGGAGGAAGGGUUUGAUAUUUUUAGUGAAUUACAUGCGAGGUCAUUCUUUCAAGAAGUAAAAGAACAUUAUAGAAAAAAAUUAGAAUGCAAAAUGCAUGAUCUCAUGCAUGAUCUUGCAGUACAAGUAGCAGGAACCGAGUGUACUACAUUGCAAUCUGUUGGAGAAAAUAUUAACGGAAGAACUCGGCAUGUAUCUUUCAAUUUUAAUUUAGAUCCAUCAAAUCAGUUUCCAACUUUUUUGUCCAAGAAAAAUAGGAUUCGAACAAUUCUUUUGCCUCAACAAUCAAGGGAUUCAAAAAUGUUAAUAGAUUGCGAUGUUCCUUUAGGUUUAAAGUUCUUGCGUACAUUAGAUCUUCAUCGCUCUGGGCUUAAGAAAGUGCCAAAUUCUAUUGGUAAGUUGAAGCAUUUAAGGUAUCUUAAUCUUUUUGGGAAUGAGGAAAUCAAGACACUACCAAAUUCAAUUACCAAGCUGCAUAAUUUGCAGACACUGAAACUAUCAUGUUGCGAUGGUUUAGUAGAAUUGCCAAGAGAUUUGAAGAAGCUAGUGAAUCUUAGGCAUCUUGAGAACGAUGAAUGUAAUAGUUUGACUCAUAUGCCUCGUGGGCUGGGACAAUUGAGUAAUCUUGUGACUUUGAAAGAGUUCAUUGUGAAUGAGGAGGGCAUGGGUCCUACCAAUAAGCAGCAUAAUCAAGCUCAGGUGGGUGUGGGAGGGCUUAAUGAAUUAAUGGAACUUAACAACUUGAGAGGAGAGUUGUAUAUAAGAAACUUAAGAUAUGGAAAAGAUGCGAGUAAAGAAUAUAAGGAUGCAAAGUUGAAGGAAAAACAACAUCUGCGUGCCUUAGGGUUAAGAUGGUCAAAUGGAAGCAAUGAUAAAGAUGACAAUGUUGACGCAACGUCCGAGGCUGAGGAUUAUGAAAUUACGUUGGAAAGCUUGCAACCACACCCAAAUCUUAAAGAAUUAUAUAUAUUUGACUACAGGGCUGGCGUUAGACUUGCAAGUUGGUUUUCCUCACUUACAACACUUGACAGAUUGCUCUUAAACGGAUGUGAGAAAAUCAAAAAUGUUUCGGCACUGAGUCAACUCCCGUGUCUCAAAGCAUUGUGGUUGGAGAAGUUGCCUUCCCUGGAGUACAUUUCAAACAAUAAUGCAAAGUCAGUGCCGCUACUAUCUACCUUACAAAUGCUUGAGUUUUUAGACUUGCCCAAUCUGAAGGGAUGGUGGAAGGAUGUUGGUGAAGAAGAAGAAAAAGAUAUUCCUCUAUUCGAGUGUCUUUCUGAAUUAAAUAUCUGGCAUGCUCCCAAAUUGACUUCCAAUAUGCCACUGUACCCCUAUCUGGAAGGAGAACUUCGGUUGACUGAUAAUCAUAGGUUGAAGACUUUCCAACGAACACAACAGAUGAAGAUGAUGGAUUCUUUCUCUCCUCUCUCAAAUUUGACUUCUCUCUAUAUUAUAGGGAUUGAGAGUCUACAAUCUCUCUCAGAGGUGAAAACCUACAGCCUCACUUCUCUCAGAAAGCUGUGUGUGGAGAAGUGUCCAAAAUUAAAGAUCUUCUUACCUGCUAUUCAACAUCUCACCUCUCUUCAAGAACUAGAGAUUAUCAGUUGCCAUGAGGUUGACAUAUACGGAGACAGUGGGGAUGGGAAUAUGUGGCAAGCUCUUCAAAGCCUUCUUUUUCUCCGCUUACAAGAUCUUCCACAACUGGAAACUCUCCCUGACGAGCUUCAACAACUUAUCUCCCUCCAGAAACUUACAUUGGAAGAGUGUAAGAGUUUGGUGGUUAUUCCAGGAUGGAUCGGAAACCUCAAAUCACUUCGAGAGCUUCGUAUUAAGGGGUCAAACAAAUUGACAUCGCUUCCUGAAGGAAUGAGUCAGCUCACCUCUUUACAAUCACUUUAUAUUAGUGAUUUGCCACAACUGAAAACUCUCCCUGACGGGCUACAGGAACUUACUUCCCUCCAGAAACUUACAUUGGAAGAGUGUAAGAGUUUGGUGGAUAUUCCAAAAUGGAUCGGCAAGCUCAAAUCACUUCGAGAGCUUCGUAUUAUGGGGUCCGACAAAUUCACAUCGCUUCCUGACGGAAUGCAUGAACUUACUUCUUUGCAAUCACUUGAAAUUAGAGAUUUGCCACAACUGGAAACUCUCCCUGACUGUCUACAGCAACUUACUUCCCUCCAGCAACUUAUAUUGGAACGGUGUAAGAGUUUGAUGGAUAUUCCGGAAUGGAUUGGCAACCUCAAAUCACUUCGACGCCUUCAUAUUUCCGGGAUCAACAAAUUAACUUCGCUUCCUGAAGGAAUGCGUCAGCUCACCUCUUUGCAAUCGCUCUAUAUUGGAGAUUGUGAUCCUAUCUUAAAGCAAAGAUGCGAAAGGGAAACAGGGGAGGAUUGGCAUAAGAUUUCUCACAGCCCAUCGUUUUCUAUAGAUGGUGAAAGGAUUAAUCCUCCACAAGAACCAUCCACUUCUUCUUCUUCAGCAGCUCUUGACAAGAUAUUUAAGAGUUUCAGGAGACUACAGUUGCGCAAUAAUUGAGAAUAUCUAUAAGAUUGCUCUCACAUCCCCUUUUCCUUGAUUCACAACCAUUCACUUCUCCAUGUACCAAAAAAAAAAACAAAAAUCAUUUGUCAGCAUGUUGGAAAGAUACAUUUAAUGAGUUUCGGGCUGCUGCAAUUGUGGAAUAACUGGAUGUCUGUUGGUGAAGAUCCCAAACAGAGCUUGAACAAUCUUGAGCUAUAAUAUAGAGAAUUAAGAAUGGAUCUUAUUCAAAACUAUGGGUUGUCCAAAUUUGAAACAAAUUCAAGCAUUAUAAGAUGAUGAGCAUAGAACAUGCUUAGUGACAUUCCACAUAACUGCAUGAAGGAAUGUCUCUGCCCAGUUGGUAAUGGCUGGACUAGUUAUUAACAGUAUUAUUCCAACAAUAUGCUUAUAUCACAAAGUAAUAUUAUGAUGGAAGAUCUAAAGAUGGUAACCACACUUAAUUAAACAUAAUUCUAGCAAAGGACACUCUCGAGGCUUUAACUUAGAUCGUGCUCAGAUAAAUCUUCAUACCAAAAUUGUUAAGCAAGAAUCUCAUCCGUACGCCUGACCUUACAAUUCACUCCUCAAUUGGAAAGAACGAGGAUCGUCAGAAGAUUGGUGGACAUUCAUGGAGGAAACUUAUGAAAAACAUUCCAACCUAUCUUCUAAGAAAGACCUUGCUUCAGGUUUCUUCCUGUAUUAAGUUCAAGUGUGAACUACAAAGAAAUGUACCAGUUGAUGAUCAGCUUAAUUGUAAAUUAAUCAAACAAAAAAAAGCCAUGGAUCUUAAAUUUGUGGUUUGAUUAAUGCUUAGGACUCUGUUUGGCUUCUAGCUCGAGUAGACGAUUGAAGCUUGACCAUGUUACGUGGAGGAAAUACAGAUCUUGAUGCUAUGAGCAUCUUUGAUGCAGGAGACUUGUCACUGAAAGGUAUUUUGCAGGUCCAAUGCUACUGGUGUAACUGGCCAAAACAAAUGGUAUCUCAUCCUCUGGUUUCAGUUUGUGGCUCCAUCAAGUUUUAGUGUGAUAUACAUGUUAUUUUAUUUAUUUAUUUAUUUAUUUAUUUUAACUAAAACAAAGUUGGUGAGAUUUUUCAGUCUGUUUCCACAUCAAAAGUUGCAUAAAAAGAGUGAAACUCAAUGUCAACGGUAUUAAAGUAAUGUUAUGAUGGUGGAUCCAAGCAUUCAAAUGGUAACCAUACAAUUGGUUUCAUUAGCUUUUUGCGAUUGCAUUCUGCUUAUAAUUCUUUCUCACAUAUAAGCCUUUGAGCUCGUGUUUUAUAUAAAAACUUCUUAUUUUUUAUGUGACACAUGCUGCAAAUUUCAUCAUUCCAUGGAAGAAUGCCAGAGUCAAAUGGACGGUGAUUGGCCUAAGAUUGCUCAUAGCUUUUGGAUUGGUUUCCUCAGAGAAUGUUCACAUUCCUCACAUUUGUAUAGAAGUUGAGCACAGAACAUUCCCAAGGCUUAAGAGUUAGAACAUGCUCUGGGACAUUAAUUUCCUUAUAAAAAAUUAUGGGAAAAAAAGAAGAAGUUUUUAAUCCACUCCAGGAACCUCAGCAGUAUGCCUGACCUUACGAUUCACUCCUGAAUGAGAAACGAGGAUCAUCAGAAGAAUAUUGAUGGACAUUCAAGGAGGCAAAUUUCAAUUUAUGAUGUCCACAUUCCUAAGAAAGCUCUUGUUUCUUGUCUCUGCCUAUAUCAAGUUCACUUCUGUGAUAUCCACAAAGAAAACGUGACAGUUGUUUAUUGUUAAUUACGUCAACAGUAAAAUCCCAAGGCCAAAAUAGAAUCUCUAUUCUGCCAACCACUGUUUUAACUGAUUCUUCCCUAACAUAUUAUAUCACCUGGCAUAUAUUUUUCUUUCUCACUUCAUAACAAAUACUUUGAAGCCAAACCAACAUUCUGUACUUCAGUCUCCUUCUAAUAAAAUCUAUCCCAUCCACAUCUACAGCACUCUAUCAUUGCCUCAUGUCUCUUUGCAAUGCCCACACUUGGAACCCAGGAUCAAAAGGACCUUUUUUCAGGUUACUUAACUACAAGGAUACAAGAAGUUAGGCAAGACCAAUCUUGCAAUUCUGAUAUUUUGUAGGACUCCUUUGAAAAGAAUAAAUGAAUAUACAUUAAUCCUUGGAUUUGGCUUGUGCCUGGUGAACUAUACCCUCUUUCUUGACCUUAUGAGUUUUCAUUUUCAUUUUGUUCUCGUAUAUGGAUGAAAAUAUCAGCAUGUUACACACCCUUGUGGAUGAUAUAUUUGUUUUGUAAAUAAUUAAAUCUUAUAUUGUUUUUUCUUUUGA